AUACAUUUCUUGGCCUCUUUUUCCUGUAGAGUAACUACUUGGUGUUCAUGGCAGAACUGUUCUGGUGGUUUGAAGUGGUGAAGCCAUCGUUUGUACAACCUCGUGUUGUUGUGCAUCCCCAAGCUGAACCUGUGAAAGAUGCAGCUUCUGCUCACAGUUUGAAUGCUAACAGAAGAAAUUACAUGGAUGGCCCAUGUGGUUCUGACUUUGUAGCCAGAUUGGAAAGUCCAAGUUACACACCAUCUCACCAACUGCACACACCCCAGCAGCCUUAUUCAUCUGUCCCAGGAGUCAUCAGAAGGUCCACAUCAAUGUCUUACGUAGAUGGCUAUGUAGGGACAUGGCCAAAAGAAAAAAGGUCAUCGUUACAUGGAGUUUCAUUUGACAUUUCUUUUGACAAAGAAAAAAGCAUUCCAGUAUCUUCUCCAAACAGAGGUAUUACUAGAUCUGUGAGCAAUGAAGGCCUUACAUUAAACAACAACCGUGUGCCCAAACAUAUUAGAAAAAAUCUGUCCUUCAGACCAGUAAAUGGAGAAGAGGAAAAUGAAGAUAUUGAAGAGGAAAAGGACACAGUAGCUCAUACAGACACAAAGGCCUAUCGUUCUUUUACUACAAAUCAAAGAAAUGCCAAUGAGAGCAGUCACUGCAGGUUUCCAAACGGGGCUUUGCAAAACAGAGCCAUUCUGGAUGAUUUUGGCAAUCAGAUUGAGACACCAACAAUUGAAGAGGCUUUGCAGAUAAUUCAUGACACUGAAAAAUCUCCCAGAGUUAUUCAGACAGACCAAAUUACAAAUGGAUUCUUUCUUCACAAUCAGGAAAUGAGCAUCUUGAAUUCAAACAUUAAACCAAAUCAGUCUACCCCUGAUCUGAUCACAGACACAAAAGGUGCUUUAAGUCCUGUGACUGACAAUACAGAAGUUGAUACUGGAAUACACGUUCCUUCGGAAGACAUUCCAGAGACGAUGGAUGAGGAUUCUUCUUUAAGAGAUUAUACUGUAAGCAUGGACUCUGACAUGGAAGAACCAUCUAAAUUUCUUCAGGAUUAUGACUUAAGAGCUAGCAAUCACAGAGAUCAAUUAAGUCCCUGUCCUAGUUCAGUAAGUACUAAAUCACAGGCUGGCAGUAGUGCUUCUUCAAGUUCAGGGGUUAAAAUGACUAGUUUUGCAGAGCAGAAAUUCAGAAAGUUGAAUCAUACAGAUAGUAGAAGCAGUGGCAGCAGUUCUCAGAAAACCACACCAGAAGGUUCUGAGCUGAAUAUUCCGCAUGUGGUUGCUUGGACUCAUAUUCCUGAGGAGGCAUCUGUUCCCCAAGGAAGAGACACUACACAGUUACUGGCUUCAGAACUGGUACAUCUUAGGAUGAAGCUGGAGGAAAAGAGAAGAGCAAUUGAAGCCCAGAAGAAGAAAGUUGAAGCUGCUUUCACUAAGCAGCGGCAGAAAAUGGGAAGAACAGCAUUUCUUAAUAUUGUGAAAAAGAAAGGUGAUGGAGUAUCACCUCUCAGAGAAGAAGCAGCAGGAGCUGAAGAUGAGAAGAUAUUCACUGACAGUAACAGACUGAAAGAAAGAGAAAAUCAAAAAACAGAUGAACAAACUAAUAAAGCUUCAGAAUCAAUAAAAGAAAAUCCUGAAAAUUCUCACAACAAAUGGUCAAAGUCUCCUGCUACUCCUAUGGAUGCUGAAAAGCAGUGGAAUUUAGUUAGCCCCUCAGAAGAAAAUUUUAAUGAAGGAGAUAUCUUAGAAUAUACCAAAUCUAUUGAAAAACUAAAUUCUUCCUUACACUUUCUACAGCAAGAAAUGCAGCGUCUGUCCCUUCAACAGGAGAUGUUGAUGCAGAUGAGAGAGCAGCAAGCUUGGGUUAUUUCUCCUCCUCAGCCUUCUCCUCAGAAGCAACUUCGGGAGUUUAAGGCUUCAUCAAGGCAAAUGGGAGCUCCAUCUCCCGUUGCACCUUUCUCACAGGAAUCUCCCCGCUCUACACAUCAAUCUCCACAAUCAUCCAACAAAAAGAACGCAUCUUUUCACAUAAAAAUGCAAAGGACUCCUAGGCCAAAUGAACUGAAAAUAACACCUCUAAAUCGUACCUUGACUGCCCCAAGGUCUGUAGAUAGUCUUCCUCGCUUGAGAAGAUUUUCUCCAAGUCAGGUUCCCAUUCAGACUAGAUCAUUUGUUUGCUUUGGAGAUGAUGGUGAACAUCUGGAUGAACCUCAGCUGAAGGGAAGUCUUCUGAAGGAAGUCAAGCCUACAGAAGAGGGAGCAAAAGAAGAAGGACCAAAACUUCUGAAAAAGAGUGAACAGAAGUUGGAGGAAAAGGAGAUAAAACCCCUUGAAUCUAAUGUUUCUGAAGUGUUAUCUCAGCCCAUAAUAGAAACUGUCUGCCUCACCCCAAAUGAAGAUCAGCUAAGCCAACCAAUAUUGCCAACAGCAGCUCCCAAAACAGCGAACUUAAUUGAAGUUUCCUUAUCAGAUUUGAAGCCACCAGAAAAAAAGGAAGUAUCUGUUGAGAAAUACGAAGGUGAGAGCGAUAGAGAACAAUUUGAGGAUGACCAGAAAGUGUGUUGUGGAUUCUUUUUUAAGGAUGAUCAAAAGGCAGAAAAUGAUAUGGCAAUGAAACGAGCGGCAUUAUUGGAAAAGCGUUUGAGAAGGGAAAGAGAGACUCAGCUUCGAAAGCAGCAGCUGGAAGCAGAGCUAGAACAUAAGAAAGAAGAGACAAGACGCAAAACAGAAGAAGAACGUCAGAAGAAGGAAGAUGAGCGAGCACGGCGAGAAUUCAUUAAGCAAGAAUACAUGAGAAGGAAACAACUAAAGCUUAUGGAAGAAAUGGAUACUGUUAUAAAACCACGUUCCUUGUCAAUCAAACAAAAAAAGCCACGUCCAAAAUCUAUUCAUAGGGAUCACAUUGAGUCACCUAAGACACCAGUCAAAGGUCCACCAGGUUCACAGCUUUAUCGUGUUUUUUCAGUAUCUAGUCUUUCACUGGCAUCGCUGAAUACAGGGGACAGUGAGAGUGUGCAGUCAGGCAAGAGAACGCCAAGAUCUGAGUCUGUGGAAGGUUUCUUAUCUCCGAGUCGCUGUGGUAGUCGUAAUGGUGAAAAAGAUUGGGAAAACGCAUCUACAACUUCUUCAGUUGCCUCUGCUACAGAAUACACAGGACCAAAGCUUUUCAAAGAACCCAGUGCUAAAUCCAAUAAGUAUAUAAUUCAGAAUGCUCUGGCACAUUGCUGCUUGGCUGGAAAAGUGAAUGAAGGUCAAAAGAAAAAGAUACUGGAGGUAAGGGUGUUUUUCCUCUAAAGCAUAAACGCCUAUGUCAAACCGUGACUAAGAUAUUAGGAAGACAGGUGAGUAUAAAUGCAGAUAUUGAAAGGAAUCUUUUUCUGAGAUGACGUCAGCUGUUAUGAAAAGACUUGAGUAAUUUCUGUGGCUUGUUUCCUCUGUGAGCAGAAAGGUUCUCUAGUACAAUAGAAACAACAGCUUAUCACAUUGGAUGUGCAACAUGGGAAGCUGAAUUAAUUAAAAGGCAUGUUAAUUAAUUAACAGCUACUAUCUGUUCAAUAUGGGAACUUGGAUAUGAAGAUUGUUAGCAUUUCUUGACACGCUUGCUUUUUGCAACACGAAAAAAAAUCAUUUUAUUCAUAAGGAUCCUCCAAUUAGGACCCUAAAGCUACUUUUUGGAAAUAGCAAAUGAGUAGUAAAUACAGAGUCCUUCAGUUCAAGUAGGGGAGAGCAAAAUAACUCCUAGAAACCUCGGGAAAGAAUAGCUGGAAAGCUUACCUCUAGAAUGCAGCAUGCAUAUUCAGAGCACAUCUCAUAGAAUUUCUGUUGGGUGGAGUAGGAAUCUGAAGGUUUCAGCUAACAAAGAAUCUUUGCUUCGUACGUAUUAACUAACUUAAUUUGACCAGGCUUCAGUGCAUUUAGGGAUGACUGAAACCCAUUUCAGCACUGGCAGAUCUUUUGGGCACAUCUGGACACGUAUAUAUUUCCUGUUUUUAAACUUGCUUGGAAAAUUAUAAUGAUUGAAAAUAAGGUGUUCUAACAGAAAGAGUUGCACAUAAGUUUCAGCUCUGAUAGAAAACAAAAAAAUGACAGUGAUAAUUUUGAAUGUUUUCUAGUUACAAUGUAAAAUUCA